GCACCGAGCACCGAGCACCGAGCACCGGCGGCGGCGGCUCCGGGCAGAGCGGCGGCGGCGGCUCCGGGCAGCGGGCAGGGGUCUCCCCACAGUGCCCAUCAUGGCCCUCAAGCAGCCAAAGGCGGAGACCUUCUGCCAGCGGCCACCCAGCUUCCUUGACUACCUGCACAGCAUCCUGCAGAAGUACCCAGAUGGGGGACAGAUCCUCAAGGAGCUGGUGCAGAACGCGGAUGAUGCCGGCGCUAACGAGGUUGUGCUUGUGUCUGAUGAGCGGGAAUUCGACAUCACCAGAGGGGGGCUGGAGGGCACCCAGGGCCCAGCUCUCUUGGCCUACAAUGACGCCGUCAUGUCGCCCCGGGACUGGAAAGGGAUUCAGCACCCAGGGGUGUCACACAAGCGGGAGGAUCCCCGCACUGUGGGGCGCUUCGGCUUGGGCUUCACCUCUGUCUACCACCUGACUGACCUGCCAGGUGUGCUGAGCCCCCCAUAUUUGGGGGUGCUGGACCCGGAAUGCCAGGUGCUGCCUGGUGCUGGCAAGCGCUGGGACCUCUCUGAAGCCCAGGACCUUCCUGGCCUUUUCGAGCCCUUCUGGGCUGGGCUGGAAGCUGUGGGACAGCACCGUGCCUCAGCCCAGGGCACCCUUUUCCGCUUCCCACUUCGCCGGCAACCCUCGGAAAUCGCUGCAGGGGUCUCCGAUCCUCAGCGCAUCCACAACCUUAUGCAGACCUUCCUCACAGAGGCUCCUCUUGCCCUCCUCUUCCUCCGCCAUGUCCGCCGCGUGGCCCUGCACUGUGUGGCUCCUGAUGGGGUCCAGACACUCAUGGGAACACUUGUGGCGUCCCCUCAGCCUCUCCCUGUCCCAGUGCCAUCAGGGGAUGAGGGGCUGAGUCUGGCGUGGUGCCUGGUGGCCCUGCACGGGGAUGGGGUGGGUGCUGGGAGUGAGUGGCUGGUGGCCACGGGCAGGGCCACUGAGGGGCCAGCCAUGGCUCUGGGCAAAGGGCUGGGGUGCUGCCCUGAGCUGAGCCUGGCAUACCCCCUCCACGGGGCCUGCCAAGGGCGGCUCUGCUGCUUCCUGCCACUGCCAGCCACUGACGAGAUGGCCACAGGGCUGCCCGUCCAUGCCAGCGCUCCCUUCGCCCUCUCUGAUGAUCGCCGCCACCUGCGCUGGCCCCAGGAGGGUGAGAAGGGUGAGGAAGAUGCCCACUGGAAUGCUCUUCUGCUGCUCGACCUCCUGCCCCGGGUCUACAGCCAUUUGGCCACCGUGGCCGUGGCUCUGCCCGGUGCAGGUGCCUACAGCUUGUGGCCAGACCCCGAGCGCACGCCGAGCUCCGGCCGGAUCCACAGCCUGGUGAACCGCGUGUGCCAGGAGCUGGCGGCUGCCCCCAUCCUGGUGCCAGCCACGGAGGGGGCGGCGGGGCGGCUGCGGGCACGCGAGGCUGUGCUGCUGCCGGAGGCUGCGGGGGAUGUGGCCACACGGAGGGCGGUCCAGGCCUUGCUGGUGGCAGCCGGGGAGCCAGUGGCCGAGGUCCCACCCCACGUGUGGAGGGCGCUGACUUUGGGGGUGCCAAAGGGUCUGCGGGAGGCCACGGCAGAACACGUGCGGGAGGCGCUGCGGCACCACGGGGCCGCAGAGCUCCCGGCUGCUGGCCGCCUCUCCCUGCUGCGCUACGUGGCAGGGGAUGGGGGCCAUGCUGAGCUCCGGGGCCUCCCCCUCCUGCCUCGUGCCGACGGAACCUUUGUGGCCUUUGGAACUGUGUCAGCCAUUGUCUAUGUGGACACACCCGACUGCCCCAGGGAGCUCUUGCCUGGCUUGGCUGGGUCCUUCAUUCCCUCAGACCUGGAGCCUGGCUUGGACAGCCUCCUGCGAGGCAUUGCCAAGGAAGGACUCUUCCCCAACCUGGUUCUGCUGGAUCCAGCCGUGACUGUACAGACCCUGCGCUCGGCUCUGCCCCCCACCUGGACAUCCCAGUCUUCAACCCCAGUGACCUGGUGCCCAGCCCAAGGCCCCCCCCAGCCCCCAGCCUCCUGGUUUCCAGCCCUGUGGCAAUUCCUGGCCCAUCACGUGGAAGACCUGGGCCCUCUGGAGGGGCUCCCUCUCAUAUCCUUGUCUUCACUGGAUGCCCCCAGUGUCCGUCUGGUUCCACUGAUACUUGAGUCCAGUCUUAUCUUCCAGGCAUGGGAGGAUCAGCACCUGCCACUUGCUGUGGCUUCUGUGCUGGAGUUCCUGGGUUGUCCUGUGGUGCCGCCAGGCGCAUGGCACCGCUCCCUGUCCCGCUAUGUCCUGCCUCCAUCCCCUCUCAAUGCCCUGCGGGCCCUGGGCAGGCAGGAGGCUGCAGCACUGGCCUCCCGCAUGGCCUUGCUGCCUAAAGCGGAUGUGGUCACCCUCCGGCUCUACCUGGCAGAUGUCCCAUCCCUGACAAAGCAGGACAUGGCCACUCUGGCUGGUCUUCCCCUUUUUCUGCCACUGCCCUGCUUGGCCACCCCACAGCCCACGGAGCUGGUGCCAGCCGGUGCCACACCAGCACUGGAGCCAGAGCUGGAGCUGCCCCAAGAUGUGGUGCUGCCAGAGGCUGUGUUGCAGUGCCGGAAUGAAGUUGACCGGCAGCUACUUGGGAGGCUCCAGACACCCCUGAUCAGUGCACCCCAGGUGAUGCUGAAGGCCAUCAGAGCUGUGGUCCAAGGCGCAUAUGCAGGGCGAGCGGCUGAGACACAGGCUCUGCUGCUGUGGGUACUGCAGCAUGGAGACAUUGUCUUUGCACAGAGCCCCCCGCUCAGGCAGGCCUGCAGCAAUCUGGCCUUCCUGGAGACCCCCAACGGCCCCGUGUGCCCGCGAGACCUCUACGACCCCUGUGACAGCACCUUGCAGGCACUGCUGGGACCCGAGCGCUUUCCUCCUGCUGCCUUCCACAAUCCGUCUGUCCUCCGUGCCUUGAGGGCCGUGGGCUUGCGGCACGGUGAAGGGUGCCUGCUGCCCUCAGACAUCCUAGCAGCUGCAGCAAAAGUCAGCCAGGGCGGCACAGCAGCUCUGAACAGGGCUGAGGCACUGAUCACAGUCUGCAACCGCCCCAAGGCACUGGAUGGCUUCAGCGCUGCAGAGCUCAGGCAGCUCCAGGCCCUGCCGUGGGUGCCUUGCUCCAAGUGCACAGGAAAGCCUUGGCAGCGCUUCCUGCCCCCCAAGGAGCUGCGAUCCACACAGUACCAAUCCCUGGUGGGGCUUGCCAUGCCCCUGACCAAUGCCUUUGUGCCAGAGGCAGAGAAGAAGCUGGGGCUGAGCCAGACCCCACCACCGCAGAGAGUGUGGGAGCAGCUGGGAAAGCUGGCAGGGCACGGGGACAUGGAUAAGGUGGGUCCUGCUCUCCAGCCCAUCUACAGGCACAUGCAAGAAAACCUGCAGGCCUUUGGAACUGCCCUGGAUGGUGCUGUUGUGUGGACCGGGUCUGGAUUUGUUCUGCCACGUGAUGCUGUGCUGGACUAUCCUGAGAAGCUGGAGCUGACGAUGCUUGUGCCCCGGGUGCCCCCUGACUUCCUCCCCUACAGCUGCCUAUUCAGGGCUUGGGGCGUGGCAGACGGGGUGAGUGAGGAGAGAGCGGUGUCAGCCCUGCGCUGCCUGGGGCAGGACAUAGACCAGCGCAGCUCCAGAGUGGGCACUGCCGCAGAGUUGCGGGUGGUCAUAGCUGUCCUGGAGUGGCUGGAGAGACGGGGCCACCAGGGAGAGGGCACCGUGCCAGUUCCUGUGAGGAUCCCGCAGUGCUCAGGCUUUGCCCUCCGUCCAGCUGCUUCUGCUGUGUACCUGGACAUGGAGCUGGAGGAGGAGGAGGAUGUUCAGGAGGUGGUGCACGAGGCAGUGCCUUUCAGCACAGCCAUGUUCCUGGGCACAGAGCUGCUCAGUACACGGAUGCUGGGCCCAGAGCCGUUCACAGCCUGUGGCCCCUCAGAGCCCAUCACCCUACGCCUCCGCAACAUCCUCCGGGAGUACGGCGAGGAGGGCGACCUCUUCACAGAGAUGGUCCAGAAUGCAGAGGAUGCCGGCGCUACCGUGUGCCGCUUCCUUCUGGACCUGCGGUGCUCCAGAAAGGCCACCUCUGGGCUGCUAGACCCAGGCAUGGCUGCCUGCCAUGGCCCAGCCCUCUGGGCCUACAACAAUGCCCUGUUCACAGAGGAUGACCUCCAGAACAUCACCCGGAUUGGGGCUGCCACAAAGGAGGGCCGAGCAGACCGGAUUGGGCGCUUUGGGCUGGGCUUCAACUCUGUCUACCGAAUCACGGAUGUGCCGGCAGUGCUGAGUGGGGAGACACUACUCAUCUUUGAUCCCAAUGGUACCCAUCUGGGCAAACACAUCCCAAGGGCUGGCUCCCCUGGCAUCCGCCUGGACUUCUCCAGCCGACCACGCAUCCUCCGUGUUUUCGCUGAGCAGUUCCAGCCCUACCAUGGUAUCUUUGGGUGCUGCCUGCCUGAGCCAGGACCCUUUCCAGGAAGCCUUUUUCGCUUGCCUUUUCGCACUGAAGAGGAAGCUGUGACAUCACAGAUUUGCUCGGAGGCCUUUGGUACAGAGCGCAUCCACUCCCUUGGGACUGGUUUCCUUGGCUCAAACCGGCUCCUGCUGCUCUUCCUGAAGAAGGUGAGGGAGCUGUCACUGGAGAUGCUGCCAGACACAGCCACCUCUGCAGAGGAUACCACGCCUCUGGCCACACUGCAGCGAAAGGAGAUCCGAGACUUGGGGGCCCCUGGGGAUCCCCCAAGUUGGGCAGCCAUUGAGCAGCUCUCAGCCUGUGAGGAGGAAUCCAGGACCAUGUGGCACUACCUGGUUUUGGUGUGUCAGGGUGAUGGGGUGUUGCUGGAACUGUUUCACCAGAACACACAGGCAGGACUCCAUCCUCCACCUCCCAUGGCUGGAGUGGCCCUUCCCCUUUCCCCAACUGAAGAUGGCAAGUGGGUGCCACGUCUGGAUGCUGAGAAGGGGCAAGUUUUCUGCCACCUUCCCAUGCCGGUCAUCUCCGGGCUGCCAAUCCACCUGCAUGGGGCCUUCAGCAUCCUCUCAAAUCGCAAGGGGCUGUGGAACACAGCAGAGCGGGGCAAGUGGAACAGGGUGCUGCUCCACAAUGCUGUGCCAAUGGCCUGGCUCCAGGCACUGGACCAUCUCCGUGCCAUGCACGAGGCAGGUGAGUUGAAGAACUAUGAGUAUCAUCUCUUCUGGCCAGACAUUAGCACUGCUCAUUACCCCUUUACGGAGGCCGUGACUGGUUUCUACCAGGCUGUGGCAGCCAGGAGUGGCCUCAGGCUCUUUUCCGAUGGCCACUCCUGGUGUUCGCUGCAGGACGCCCGCUUCCUGCACCAGGCUGUGGAGAGACACCCUAAGCUGGGUACUGUGGCGCAGCGAGUCUUUGCCACCACCAUGCCCCGUCCCCUGUUGGCUGUGGCCUUGCCUGGGAAGGUGCAGGAGGGCCUCGGGAAGGCUCUCGAUGCUGCAACCUAUGACUGGAACCGCUUUCUCUGUGAGCUUGUGCUUCCCAACUUGAAAAACCUCCCUGCUGUUGACCGGAACCUGCUUGUUCUGCAUGCGCUGGAUGUAUCUCAUGAGGAUGUGGACAAAGUGCUACAGACAGUGCCCUGCAUCCCUGUCACCCCUCAUGGCCACCUGCAGCUCAUCAAUCACCUGGUGCAUCCCAGAGGUCGUGCUGCCUCUUUAUACAAUCCUGAGGAUGGGCGCUUCCCCACUGGGAAUGCCUUCCUUUCCCCAGAGAGACUAAACCAAUUGGAGAGGCUGGGCAUGGUGAAGAACACUGUGGACCUGCCAGAGCUGCUGGAGAGGGCAAAGACCGUGCAGCUUGUCUGGACCAAGAAUCGUGCCCAGGCCUGCCAGAGGGCUGCCUGCAUCCUUGAGUUACUCAAAGAUGCUGUGAAGAAGAGUGCAAACAACAUCCUGCAGGCCGCUUUCAAGACUGUGCCCUUCCUCCCUGCCACAUUGCCCACUGGUGACCACGUGCUGCUGCCAGCUGACAAGCUCUACCAUCACCUCCAUGCCCCACUAGUGGGACUCAUCUGCCCUAUCUUGUCUCCUAAAGUGCUGGGGGAAAGCUUCAGCCUCUCCAAGGAGGUAGCAUCCUUCUUGGGGCUGGACCGGCAGAUACCAUCAGCUCGAGUCCUUGAGCAGCUGCAGGCACUCAGUCGUAGCUCAGACACUCUGCCUUUGGAGACCCUGCAGGACAGCACCAACUGCUGCUACAAGCACCUUAACAUGCUGCUCCGGGAACAUCCCUCCAGCUGGGAUGAGGUGGCUUCUGCAGGGGCCAAAGGGGAGCCAUUCAUCUUGGUGGGCUCCCGUUUUGUGCCAGUCACAGCUGUGGCCGAGACACUGUCAUUUGAGGCUGUCCCAUACCUUCAUCAGCUCCAAGAGCAGUACAAGCCCUACAGAGAGCUCUGGAAGUGUGUGGGGCUCCGCCACAUGUUCACCUGGGAUGAUUAUGCCCAGGUGCUCUGCACCCUGGCAAAGACCCAUGCUGGAAAGCCGCUGCCUGCCGCAGAGCUGGAUCUGGCCCUGCGGUUGGUGUCUUGUGGCUUGAUGGAAGAUGGCAACCAGCCAGAUGCCUGCCAGACCCAGCAACUCUUUCUGCCUGAUGAGGAGGGCAUUUUGCAUCCACGAGACAAUCUCCACUUCAAUGAUGCCCCGUGGAUGCCGUUGGAAAGAGAUGUCCUACUGUGCCAUAAACAGCUGUCCCGAGAUGCAGCCCUGCGCUGUGGGGUGGCCACCACACGCCACCGAGCACUGAUGAGGAGUGAACUCAUCACUGAUCACCUGAGCCUCUGGGCGCAGCCAUUUGGUGCCCAUGAAGAUUUGCCAACACGGCUGAAGAACAUCUUGAAGGAGUACUUGGCAUCCGUUCCUGAUAUGGUGAAGGAGGUGCUCCAGAAUGCGGACGAUGCUGGUGCGGGGCUUGUGCACUUUGUUUGGGACCGCCGGCAGCACCCAGCCAAGGCCACUUUUAGUGAGAAAUGGAACAUCCUGCAGGGCCCUGCCCUGUGCAUCUACAAUGACCGCCCCUUCCAGCAGCAGGACAUUGAAGGCAUUCAGCGUCUGGGGGUGGGUGGCAAGCGAGGCCGGCAGGAUGUCACAGGCAAAUAUGGCCUUGGCUUCAAUACUGUCUACCACUUUACUGACUGCCCAGCCUUCCUGACUGGAGACAGUAACCUGUGUGUCUCUGAUCCCCAUCUCUAUUACAUGCCCACAGCCACAGUUGAGAAGCCUGGUAGCAUGUUUACUGUCAAUACUGAAUUCAAGAAGAAUUUUCCAGACAUUUAUGACACCUUCCUACCAUCCUUCUUCAAUCUGAGACAGGGUGUCCUUUUCCGGCUGCCGCUCCGCACUCCAGCUGGGGCUGUUAAGUCCAGGGUGUCUGACAUGGUUGUGCGAGACCAAGACCUCAAGAACAUGGAAGAAACAUUGGCUAAGGAAGGUGAGGACUUGCUGCUUUUCCUCCGGAAUGUCCACACUGUGGUCUUCUCCACAAUCUCCCCAGGUGGGAAAGAGUUGGUGGAGAAGCUGCGGGUGACCACAGAGCUCACAGAUAGUGAUGCAGAGCUGAGACGGGAUUUUCAAGCAAGAUUAAGCCAAGCCAUGGAUGGGAACAGCCCCACCCCUCUCUCCUAUACCAUGACAAUCAAAAAUAGCAGGGCUGAGACCACAAGUGUGUGGAGGGUCACCUCCCAAAUUGGGGUGCAGGGUGGGGCUGAGGAGUCUCCGGUGUUUAAAUGGCUGCCUUAUGGGGCUGUGGCUGCCCGCCUGGAGCCUCUGAAUGGAGUCACGGGCAGAGCCUUCUGCACCCUCCCACUGCCCUUGAUCACUGGGCUGCCUGUGCACAUCAAUGCCAACUUCUCUGUGGAUGCAGCCAGGCGCAGUCUCCGCUGUGACGAAGGCUGCACAGAGGCAGCCUGGAAUGACUUCCUGCUCCAGCGCUUGGUGGCUCCACUAUACUGUGACUUUCUCUCCAGCCAGUGGAAAGCCCUGGAACCAGAAAAGCUCCAGUAUGGAUCCCUGAAACUCUGCCAGCAGCACCUAGACUCCCACUUCCUGCAGUUUUUCCCUAGUGUGAAGAGGGUGCUACCUAUCUUUCAGGACAUGGUGAGAGAGGUCUACAAGUACCUCAGUCAUGCACGCCUGCCCCUGGUGCCUGUGUACCACAAGAAUUCACCUUGGAGCACGGUGACAAUAACCUGGGCAUCUCCAGGUGGAGGGGACAUGCGAACAGAGCCGUACUUCCUCAAGGAGAUGCCUAGCUAUGAAGUCCAGAAAGUGCUGCAGCAACUGAACAUGAAACUGGUUCCAGCAUUCACCCACCUGCAGCAGAUCCAUGAGGAAUUCACUGAAGCCCAGGUGAACGCUGUUGUCUUAGAGCCAGACUCUCUCCGGCGCUUCCUCAAGGCCCUGGCUCUGCCUGUGCCCUGCAAACUGGCUCAGACACCCCUGAGGACCCCAGAGAGCUGCCACUGCCUGCUGCAAUACUUAAGACAGAGCAGGCACUCCCAAGGUACUCCCAAGGAUAGGGACAAGACAGAACUGAAAGGCCUGCCCUUGCUGGCCACAGAAGAUGGCUUUCUGAAUGCUUUCAGCUUCCACCACCCUGUCUUCAAGAACUCCUUUGCCCACCUCUUCCCCAAGCACAGCCACCGUUUUGCCCACAAGUGUAUUCCUGAAUGGAUCCCAUCUUGCUUUGUGAAGGAGCUUGGCCUCUCAGAGGCCACACCACUCAUCCAGGAAGCAUUGAGUGAGUUGGAGUGGACCCCAGAGGGGGAAAAGUGGCUCCAGGGGCUGUGGACCUUUUUCAGGGUGGUCUCCACAGACAAAGUUUCAGACAUAAACAUAGAGCCAUUAAUGGAUCAUCUCCAGGAUAUGGCAGUGCUGCCUGUUCAGGGGAGUAAUAGCGACUCAAAGCACCUACUGCCACUAUCCUCCCUCUCCAGGGUUCUUUUUCAGUGUCACUCUGAAGUGGAAAAAGUACUGCACAAACUGGGCAUCCCUGAGCUCCAGAGGUUCCUGCUGCCCUCUAGUUGCCGCCGUUGCCUGGAGCCAAGAGCACUGCAGGUCAAAGAUGCCAAGGCUGUAGUGGCCCAUCUGGCGGACACAAGAGCUGAUCUCUGCUGGGGGUGUUUAGAGGAGCAGGACGUGACAGUCCUGCUGAACUUUGUCCAGCGAAAGCUGGAUUCACAUGCACAGGAGCAGCUCCGGCACCUGCCUCUCUUCCAGAAGUUUGAGGGGGGCUAUGUAGCUGUGGCUCCCUACCGCAAGGUGCUGUUGCUCCGCAGGCAGUACCUGGAAGUGCCCUUGGGUGCCCAAGCCCUGUAUGACCUGGACAAAGACAUGCUGCUUCUCACACCAAGCCCCACCCACGAAUGGCUGGCCAAGGAUUUGAAGUGGGAGUUCACAGAUGACCAAAAGCUAUUCAUGACUGUGGUGCUUCCCCGGCUGUCCCAGUUCACACAGCAAAAGCUCAUGGACGCUAUACGCUUAUUCUUUGUCCUGCAACCCAUCUGUGACACUGAGAGCAAGAAUGCCAUUGUGGCAGCUUUUCAGAAGGUGCCCUUUAUACCAGAUGCCCAUGGAACACUGUGCCUGGCCUCCAACUUCUACCAUGACAUGCCCUCCUUCCACACCCUGCAGCUCCAAAACCGCUUUGUGCCUAAAUCUUUCUUUAAGGAGCUAGAUUUGAACUCGAAAACUGUGAAUUUCCUCCUUGAGGUAGGUGUCCGCACCAGCCUCUCUGUAGAGGAUUUUGUGGCUCUAGCUGAGGAGAUAGAGCAUGAAGCCACUCAGGCUACCUGCCAUGAUGCAGAACUGCUGGAGAGACAGCAGGAGAUGCUCCAGCAACUUGCAAUCCUGUUGGAAAAUCCUGUGUCAGAGGACUUCCUGAGGAAAAUUGCCUCAAUCCAAUUCCUGCCUCCACUAGAUAUCCCACCAAACCUGAUGAACCUCCACCCUCCUUUUGAAAACUGCACUAAGGCCGUGGCUCUGAAAGGCAGUGUUUCCUACCUGGAAAAUGUGGCUGAGCUCCUGUGGACAUCAGCCACCAUCCUGCCAGAAUCCCUUGACCUUAAGGAGACAUCCUUGAAGGCCAUGGGAGUCCUUGUAGAGAUACCCACUGCCCUGGUGGUGGCCAACCUGGAGCAUGUGUGCAGGGCAGCCUGCUCGACUCCAGUGCAGAUUAGCACACGGGCCAGUGUGCUCCAUAGCAUAUACAGCUUCCUGCUGACCCAUCUGAAUGAGGUGGAUGCAGAGCACCUCGCUGAGCUGCCCGUGGUGCUGGCCAAGUCAGGGGACAUGGCCAGGCCACGGCAGGUGGUGACAUCACUCCCAGACAAGGCUGGCUUUUACCCCUACCUCCUCACACCUCACCCCCACGUGGCUGCCUUUGGAGACCUCCUGCAACACCUUGGCGUCACCCUGGUCCCCACACUGAGUCACUACAGCCAUGUCCUGGCCCAAAUCUACCAGGAGAGCCAUGGCAGUGGGACCCUUACCAGUAAGCAGAAGAAGACAGUCCUCCUGGCCAUACGGCAUUUCUUCCAGCUGCUGCGGGAGGAACCGGAACCCCCCGAUUGCUCCGCUGUGGCUGAGCUGUACCUGCUGAGCACUGCUGACUGCCUGGAGCUGUCCCACAGACUCUACUUCAAUGACUGCGUGCCUUCAGAGACUGCUCGGGCCCUGGAGAAGACCUUUGCGUUCAUGGCUGCCCUGCCGGUGUCUGGGUGUAAUGUCACCUGGCUGCUGCAAAGACUGCCGCCACACCUGCGGCCACAGGCACUCUCAGAGGUGACAGAGCAGCAGCUGGAGGAGGGUGGUCCACAGCCAUGUCACUAUGGCUCUCAGUGCACUUUGCAGAAGCGUCUGCAGACCCUGCUGGUAUCUCCGUGGUUUAGGCUAGGGCUGGAGUCCCUGCUGCAGUGGCAGAACCACAAGUCUAUGACAGGAAUGGAGGGGGAUGGUAGCUUUGCAGUGGAGCAGCUGAAGGUGCAGUGCUGCAAGGAGAUCUGCACUGUGUUGAUGCAUGGUGGGGCAAAGGUGGAGGGCAGCUCCCAGUCACAGGUUAUUCAUGUGUGUCUGUCUGGUGGUGCCCAGCGGCUCCUCUACAUCCGGCACACAGAGAUGGUGCUGAACCGGCACCAGCUGAGGGUCGUGGAGACGCUGGCAAAGGAGAUCAAUAACAUCCUGGGUGGGCAGCUGGAGGCACGUGCUUUGUCCGUCCUGCGUGAAAUGCUGGUCUGCCAGGAGCCACAGGACGUGGCCUUGGUUCUGGAGGAGAACAACGUGGCACUGGUGGGUGCUGCAGCAGAGCUGGCGAAGAGGCUGCAGGACGAGGCUGUGGCAGAAGAGGGGCUAGGGAAGGAUCCCAGCCUGGCAACCUUGAGGUGUGGUGUCAGGCAGCCAAAGGUGUGGCUGGAGCUCUGGGGCCAGUACAAACUUGCGACUGCCGCCUGGCAGCACAGACAGGGAGGUCGUGGCUCCUGGCGGAGCAGUGAGGAGCUCACGGCCCUGACUCCGUCCAUCCCCGAGGCCCUGCGUUGGCUGCGUCAGGCCAUGAGUGACCUGCAGGCAGCCCACAAUGACAUCCGGCACUGCUGCCCCAACUGGGUGCUCUUCAAAGUGCACCAGGCCCUGGAGAAGGCACUGGUGGCAGCUGUACUUUGCCGUGGUGAAGCCUUUGAGGGCCAUGGGGGGCUGGUGGGUGUGGCCCAAAGGCUGGAGGCAGAGGAGCCGGAGCUGAGAGGCCUUGUCCUGGACGUGCAGUGGUUGUGUGACCGCGGCAUGGACAGCAAGGCCACACAGUACCCAAGUUGCCAUCCCUUCCCCAUGACCCCCAGUGACGCCUUCCCCAGUGUGGAUGAGGAGGAGGUCCUGAAGCAGGCAGAAAAAGUGCUGAUGACACUGAAGAACCAUGUGGGCAGAAAGUGAAGCGGUCCUUACUAAUGGGCAUGGCACCUGGGCCAAGGGACCACCUGGCACCCAUCAGAGACCCACCAUGGAGCUGUUGUGGACUCACCGUGGACUUGCCAUAGACCUGCCACAGGCAGUUCCAGACUGUCCAGCCCUGGUAGGGGAGUUUUGGUGGCAGAUGAGGGCCCAGACCACUGAAUAUCACAGGGUAGCCUGUGCCAUUGUCAUGUCUUGAGUGUGCAGUAAAUAAAGUGCAAAAUAAAUGCUGCAGUGCUGGUAGACCCUUCACUGACAGUGGAGUCAGGGACAUAGAGAAGUCAUGGGCAAUGGGUGUGGAAGGUGGAGGUGGUGAUGAAGGAGUUUGGAGAACUGUGGUGGGUCAAUUUUGGCUAGCCAGGUGCCCACUGAGCCACUCCAUCACUUCCCCUCUUGGACUGAAAAAGAGGAGAAAAUGUGAUAAAAAUCCCAUGGGUCAAGGGAGAUCACUCACCAAUUACUGUCACAGUCAAAACAGACUCACCUUGGGGAAAUUAAUUUACUCUAUAACCAGUUCAACAGAGUAGGAAAAUGAGAAAUAAGAACACACCUGAAAACUCCUCUCCUUACCCUCCCUUCUUCCUAGGCUCAACUUCACUCCCAAUUCUUUUACCUCCUCCCCUUAAGCAGUGUGUGAAGUGGGGAAUGUGGAUUGCUGUCAGCUCAUAACACUUGUCUCUGCUGCUCCUUUCUCCUCACAGUUUCCCCUCUCCAUGGGAGACAGUUCUGUAUCAACUUUUCCAAUGUGGGUCCUCCCUACAGGCUGCAGUUCUCUAAGAACUGCUCUGGCAAGGUCACUUUCCAUAGGGGACAAUCCUUCAGGAACAGACUGCUCCAGUGUCCUGCCAGGUCCUGCAUGGACUCCUUUCCACAGAGUAUAGCCCCUGUCAGGAACACAGAGUGUGGGCUCUUCCCAGGCUGCAGCUCUCUUCAGGGCAACCCCACCUGCUGUGCUGUGGGAUCUUUACAUGGGGUGCAGUGGGGAUCUGCUCCUCUACUCACCUCCACAGGCUACGGGUCAAAAUCCUCCUCCCUAUGGGCUGCACCACAGGCUGCAGGGGGCAUCUGCUCCAGCAUCUCCUCCUUUCCCAGCCUUGGUGCCUGCAGGGCUGUUGCGCUCACAUCUUCUCCCUCCUCCCUCCCAGCUGCUGUUGCACAGCACUGUUUACCCCUUUUUUAAUACCUGAUCACAGAGGCCCUCCCAGCAUUGCUGGUUGGCUCAGCCUUAGCCAGUGUGGGUCCAUCCUGGAGCCCUCGGGAGCCAGCUCUGCCCAACAUGGGGGCAGCUUCUGGUGUCUCCUCACAGAAGGUCCCCCUGCAGGCCCCUGCUACCCAGACCUGGCCAUGCAAACCUGCGACAAGGAUGGUGAGGUGCUACUGAAGCGUAGAAUAAGGACUUUACAGUUAGAAAUUGUAAAGCAGAUAUGUUUUAUUUCCAGCUGGGACACACGGGGUGAUAUCUCCUCCAAACCAUGUGUACCUGGUCAAGACAAGAUCCAGGUUUAAAUACACAUUGAUCCCACAAACCCACAGCUCCCCACCUGCCCAUUCCCUGCCUUCUCUCCCUCCUGUUCUAAUGAGCUGUCACGACUCCUGGUAGUGUGAGUUGGGGUCAUGGGAGGAAGGCUGAAGUCUUCCUCAGGCUGAUCUUUGCUUCUGGCCAGGGACUGUGGAGGUUUGGCUAUGUUUCAGGUCAUUUUGCUCUUGCCAAAGAUUAGGAGCUUGAUUUUGCUGGAUUCAAGCUACAAAGUUUUGCUUUAUCAAUUUUUGACAAAUACCUAGGUCCCACUUUGCUGAGUUUCAACAUUAUACAUCUUACCUAUAUGACUUCUAUGUAGUAACUACCUAACAGCCAAGCUUAAUAGCUAAUCUUCUAUGUGUUCUCAGUACAAGCUGUUUCUCUACUUCUACAAAAUCACCAAACGCUGCUUCUAAAAUCCUGUAUUUUCAUAUUCAUAAACAUCCCCCAUAUCAAUCCCCCCUUUUCUUUCUAAACAUUGCAAAUUCUUUUGCUUCCUACAAUAUUUAUUAUAUUCUUUACAACUAUCUUUAACUAAUUGAUUAAACAAUAUAAUAAACAUCUUUCUUAAUAAUUUCAAGUUUCAAAAAAUUGUAACUAAAACAAAACCAAAACUUCCUGUGGAAGCCUUGGUUCAUGACACCAGUGGGGGUGGGGAGGCCACGGUGACAGGCCACAUACACAUACAUGAGGGAAGCAUGUGGCAAACACAGACCUCCAGGCAACAGGCUUCCUCUCUCGCUCUUGUUUAAAGGCAGUGUAGUCAAAGCAGGGGCUGGCAGAGCCGGGCCCAGAGUUCUGUGUACCAUCCUGGGAUGCUCUACUAUGUGCACUAAAACAACCCUUCCAGGCACUGUGCUCCGCACACAUGAGGGGAUGGGCUACCCACCUUGGUUGCUGCUUGCACCACACGUGCUUCACUGCUCUCAGGAGGACUAAAUCAAGUAACAAAACUACAGUAAACUGACAAAACUACAGUAAACUACAGCUGACAAGAGCUGCAAGGGACACAAAGCAAAGGAGGAGCCUGGCAUGGCAAGGGAUUGCUUUGUCCUCCUGCAGACAGUGUCCAGGGGUUGGGAUCACAGCAUGGACAUGUGUGUGGUCACUGCCUGGCAGAGCCAGGGCUCUCUUUCACACCAAACUUCUGUGUCCAGCCCUUGCCUCGGGGUCCCCAGGUUAUCUGCUGAGGGGAACCUAGUCUGAAAAAAACAAUGGGCCUAACCAUGGGGACUAAAUAAAUUUCAAAGUGACAAAUGCUUUGUUUUGUAUCUAAACAAACAUCUUGGUUUUCAUGUAUAUUCUUUUCACAUAUAAACUUCAGUUUUCUUGUGACAUAUGACUCUACAUUAAUGGUCUGCCACUUUUCUUCAAUUUCUUGUGCCCACAGUUUAUGUUCAAAAAAUGUAAUUUAAUUCCCUUUUAAUUUAAUUCUAAAGCAAUAACUGAGUAUAUCAUACUCACUCCCUUUCUAAGUCAAAAGCAUUAUCCUAAAUAAUUUUUCAAAUUUCAGUGGGAAAAGUGCUUUUUCUUCUUUUUCUAAUAAUUGAAACAGCCAUUGACUGCAUCCGUAACUGUGUUUGAAUGCAACUGAGGACUAAAAAAAUGUUUCCACUGGAUCUCCUUAAAGCAUUUGCUAACAGUUGAUGGUCUUGCUCUUCAAUAUAAACAGUUUUUACUGGCUAGUACUUAACAUUAUGUUGGGGGUUAGAUUUGUUUUUUUCCUUCUCACAGAAUUUUUUCCCAUAAGUUUCCAAGAGGCCUUGAUGACUACUUAGUCAGAACAAAAGGAGUACUUGAGGGAUAUGGCAGCACAAGGCUACACCUAUUGUUUUUGAGUCCCUGGGAGUGUCCCUCAGAGGGGAGAGAUGAUGAGCUUUGGGAAAGGCAAAAAGACAGAUCUGGGGGAGGGGAAGGCACUCUUGCACUCAGCGCCAAAGAGGACAGUCAGGCUGCCCCCCGCUACAGGAAGAGUUCAUGGCCAUCACUCUGCCUCUGCCUCAUCCUGGGAAAGCUACCGUCAUCUGCUGUGUACCCAGGAAUCCUGAGCUCGCUUUCUCCAGCCUCUCCUCUCACCGCCGCUGCUUCUUCAGAGCUUUGAGGUUCCCCUGCUACUCUGUAGCCCUGCGCUGCCCAGCCCUGCCGGGACACCCCUGCUGCUCCAGCUGCCAGCGCAGAGCUCCUCAUCUCAUCCACCGGCCUGGGACUUUCCUCCCUUCCAGCUCGGCCUCUCGGAGCCCUGCAGGGGCAUCAAGAUCAAACUGCCCUGGGCUUUCUGUGAAAGCCCUCAAGGUUCUUGGUUCUGUUUAUUAUUAAUGCUGUAGUUGUUGUUUGUUUGUUGUUUUGUCAUAUAUACUAGUAAAGAACUGUUAUUCCUAUCCCCAUA